ACGCGUCAGGACUCAGCAGUCAGGACUCAGGGGGUUGCGUCAUCACUCUCUCGAUCUGUUCGGCCCCUUCGCCACAAAGCAAGCAUGCGCCUGGGAAUUGUGCUGUAGUGAACAGAGAAAAACUGCCCACCCGCUACGGAUAUACAGUAUAUGGUCAGGGGCCUCUUACUGCGUACAAGCCAGUCGCAUAGGCUGCUCUUUUUGACGACCGCACACGAAACUCAUCCAGCCCUCAAACUGAGAACCAGGUCGAAGAUCACGAUGCCUUCUACACGAAACGAGGAACAACCAAAGGAGCACCAUUCCCGCCUCCGCGAUGCCGCCAACGCCAUCCUGAAACAAGUCCGAGCGACCGCCGCGGUGGUCGAAAAGGACUCGGAAGCCCACCAAAUGCUACGAAAGUACAAAGGAAACGUGCACGGGUCCGGCUCCAACAGACUCGCCCACAUCCCCUCCAUCGAACACCCCUCCAACACCGGGGUGAUCUACGUGACGGACCGAGCGGCGGCAAAAGGGUGGAGCCAAACCAACAAGGAGUGGGGAAACUUUGGGCAGGGCGCCCCCGAGGUCGGGCAUAUUGAGGGAGGUGUUGACAAGCCGCUGACGAUCAAUAUGCAUGAGGAGGAGUUUGAGUAUGCGCCCGUGGCUGGUGUGCAGGAACUCCGUGAAGCUGUUGCGAACCUGUAUAAUGAGCGAUAUCGCCGCGACCAUGCGUCGAAGUAUACCGCUAACAACGUCUGUAUUGUCCCCGGCGGUCGCGCGGGGUUGACGCGGAUUGCUGCGGUGCUGGGCGAUGCGAAUGUGGGGUUCUUUUUGCCGGAUUAUACCGCUUAUGAGCAGCUUUUGACGAUCUUCAAACGCUUCAUCCCGAUCCCUACGCCCCUCCGUCACCAAACAGACUUCCACAUUUCCGCCGACCUGCUUCAGCGAGAAGUCUCGGAACGCGGCCUUGGUGUCAUCGUCUGCAGCAACCCCGCCAACCCGACUGGGCAGGUCGUAAAAGGCGACGAGAUGAAGAAGUGGAUCCAGAUUGCUAAGGAGCAGCAUUGCACGUUGGUUUUGGACGAGUUUUACAGCUCGUACAUAUACCACGAGAUCCCCGAAGAUCUAGGCAAAAGCGUCUCCUCGGCGCAACACAUUGAGGACGUCAACGCCGAUCCCGUCAUCAUCGUCGACGGCCUAACCAAAAACUUCCGACUCCCCGGCUGGCGCGUCUGCUGGAUUGUCGGUCCCGAAGAAGUCGUCUCCUCUCUACAAUCCGCAGGCUCCUUCCUCGACGGCGGCACCAACCACGUCCUGCAGCGCGCGGCCAUCCCACUGCUGGACCCGCAGCGCGUGGAGAAGGACGCGAAAGCCCUGCAGACUCAUUUUAGGAAGAAGAGGGAUUAUGUCGUCAGGAGGUUGAGGGAGAUGGGGUUCCCGAUUGAGCGGCCGCCGAGUGCGACUUUCUAUGUCUGGGUGAAUUUGGAGAGGUUGCCGGAGCCGCUCAACAACGGUCUCUCCUUCUUCGAAGAAGCCCUCUCCGAAAAAGUAAUAGUAGUCCCCGGAAUCUUCUUCGACAUCAACCCCGGGCGACGCCGCGAGCUGUUCAACUCCCCGUUCCAUCACUACCUCCGGCUCAGUUUCGGGCCGCCCAUGGAGCAGCUGGAGAAAGGGUUGGAUGGGAUUGAGCGGUUGUUGAGGAAGCAUGGGGUUGAGGCGGGGAGGGAGUAGAUAGAUGGUGCGGGGGAGUGGGCGGCGUAGAUGGGUUUGCCGUUUUGGGGUUGGGGA